AUGACUGUCACAGUAGUGUAUGAUAACUCUGAGGCAACGGAGCUCUGUGCAGCUCAACACCUCUACCUCAAGCCCAUAGCAAAAUUGACGAUCAAUGUAUUGCUCCCAGAGAGUACAGAACCUGUGAGGCCCUUCUCGAACUGGGAAGUUCUUGACCAACUGAAGAGCCUGAUUUGCCCUGACCAGUUCACCACCGUUCGACUCUCUAAGAGUACCAAGGACUUCAUCCGAUUUGAGGGUGAGGCUGAAACUCUAAGUUUGGUUCAGAUCCUGAAGGCCAAGCUACAUGGGAAGAUCAUCAAGCUGAAUGGAUUGAAAACAGACUUAAAAGUUGUGGCUACAGAUGCCCAGAGAGAAUGGGAACACUUCCCCAAGGUAAAGGAACCUUCACUGAGUGAUGGGACUGAAGAGCAGGACCAUGAUAAGAGCCCAGAUGCCAUCUAUUUUGAGGGCUUACCUUGUAAGUGGUUUGCACCUAAAGGGUCCAGUGGGGAAAAGCCAUGUGAAGAGAUUCUUCGUGUAGUCUUUGAAAGCUUUGGGAAGAUCAAGAAUGUGGAUAUCCCUAUGCUUGACCCCUACAGAGAAGUGAUGACUGGGGGGACCUUUGGAAGUCUGAGCUAUGGCUUGCAGACAUUCGAGGCCUUUAUACAAUACCAAGAGUUAACUGACUAUGUCAAAGCCAUGGAGUCCCUCCGCGGAAUGAAAUUGAUGCUUAAAGGAGAUGAUGGGAAAGCUCUGGCAUGUAAUAUUAAGGUUAUGUUUGAUACCACCAAACACUUCAGUGAAGGAGCUAUAAGGAAGAGAAAUCAGGAAAGGCUAAAAUUGCAAGAGCUGGAGGAAGAAAGGAAAAAAGAAAAGAAGAGAGAAGAGGAAGAAGCUGAAAGAAAAAGAAAAGAGGAAAGGAAAAUGCAUGAAAAGAGGAGGAAGCCCAGGGUCAAGAGGCGAGUCUUGAAGGAAAGAGAUAGACAUCGGAGAAAGAAACACAAGGACAAAGGCACAGCUGAGGUGUCUCAGGACCCUGACUCUUCAGAGGAGUGGAAGGAGAGGACGUACCUACUGGCUCUGAGGCAUGUUGAAGCCCUUCGGUUGCUGCGCAUACUCCUGAGGAAAAUUGCAGUCAGCAAGUCUGAUGACCAGCUUUCCUCGACUGAUGGAGAGAGCCAUCUUUUGGAAGAGAAUGAUGGUUACCAGGGCAAAGACCCCGAAUCCAAAGAGAAAAGCCAAGUUUCUUCACCGGACAGAUCAGUGGGUUUAGCUUUGGAAUGGAAAGACGCGUUAGAGGAAAUCAGUAGUGACUCUGAAUGUUUCAAUGAAACCCUUAGCAAUGGGGAGCAAGAGAAUUCUGUGGCUGUAUAUCAUAGUUCCCCAGAAAAAAGACCCCUUGACUCGGAUAAAAUCGUAAGUUCUGAUCAAGAAGCUAGAUCAGGUCAGCAGAUCUUGUAUUCAAAAUGUAAGCAGGAUGGAGAGAAAAAACACUCUAAAUGCAAUUUUAGGAAACCAGACCAGAGGUCUAAGUGUGAAUUGAGAUACCCAUGGCUUGAAGAUGAAGACGAUUCCUUUAGAGACAAGAAAAGCAACAGCAAAAAGAGGGAAAAGCCAGGCCCCAGAUACUUGUUGGAUGAAGGCUACUAUCACAGGUCCAGUUCCAUUGAUCUGCUAGAGGACAUUGCAAAAAAGAGGAGGAGAUUUAAUGGUACCACGUUUGACCAGAAAGUGAACUAUAGACCCUCUCAUGUGCCAAUGACAUCAGCAAGAAGUGCUAAUGCUUUCUGUUUGAGAGAUUUUUCCAGAAAAAGAGUGACUCCUUGGAAGUCAAAAUAUAACCAAGAUGAAAGAAGGUCUAAAAGACAUGGAAAUUCUGAAAAUUUUAUGCUGAAUUCUGGUAGCGAUUAUGUCAGACAUAAGAGUCAGGAAGACAUUGACUAUGGAAACUAUUUAGGAAACAGCUACACUAGUUCUUUGUAUUUUCAAAUGUUUUGA